GAGAAGGGUAGGUUUUCGCUUGUUUCGGGUUAUCAUAGAGGUUUUGUCUGGGUUUUUGAGGAAGAUUUGAGAGAUGAUCGGAUGGGAAAACACGAGGAGUGCCUUAGGAAAGCUGGAAGAAUUGUUAACAUGCAAAGUUUGUGCCAAUCUUGUGUCUGAUCCUUGUUCUCUUGAAGCUUGUGACCACAUUUUCUGUCGUAACUGUGUAGAAAAAUUGGUUGGGGCUGAUUCAAAAUGCCCAGAAUGUGGAGCAUUUGCUUGGGUGAAGAACUUGAAAACCAACCGUCAACUUGCCAACACUGUCAGCAUGUGUACAAAGAUAAGAAAGCUUGUUGGAUCAGAUGAUCAUGAUAAGAGUAGUAGUGGUGAUGAUGAUAACAAUGUCAAAUGCAUCUCAGACUUAAAUAACAAACCAGAAAUUAAAACAAUUUGGGAGGAAACACAGUCAGUGUUUGAUCAAGAAGCUGAUUCUUAUCAAUUCUCAACACCUGAAAUUGUCAUCCCUGCUAAGGUAACAAACAAAUGUGAUGUUGCCCUGCAGGAAAUAUCACGUAACAACAAGAAACAAUCUAAGGAACCCACUCAGACAAAGAAUCUCAGCAGGAAAACACAGACGAACACUGCAGCAAAAAGGGAUAAUAAUGGGAAAGAAUUUACAAAACAAGGUCUCUGCAGGGAGCUUGGUGAACAGGACAGUGAAACAUGUCCUGCAAAUGAGAUCCUAGCAAGUGGACAGGGAUUCAAAGAAAUUGUUGAAACUUCAUUGUCAGGUAGUUCAAAAGAUGAGAUAAGAACACAAGCAAAGAAAAAAUGUUUUGGAAAACAUUUAAAGAAAACAAGAUUAAUAAAGAAAACAUGUCCAGUUGUCACAGAAAAUGAUGUUCAUGAAAAUAAAGGACAGACUGAUCACAUGUUAACAGAAAAUAUUGUCACUGAACAGUUUGAAGUUACAGAUGAGGGGGGAAACAAUACUGAUAAAGAAAAAUACAAAGAUAACCCUGACACAGGAUGUUUUACAAGGCUAAGAUCAAAAGGUCCACUUACUUCUGAUGGCUCAGUUAUGAUGCAAAAUGAGGGACCUUUACAUAAAGGGAGUCCUAAAGCUGUAGAAAGCACUCCAAGGACAAGGGCUCAAAAGAGGAACUUGAGAGGAACACCACAGAGUUCUUCACUUUGGACCCUGCCUCAGAAUGAGCUGCAAAAAAAUCUUACAAAUGAAAGAAUCCACAAUGAGCAGGUGCUUAUGAAAAAGAAAAAGACAGAGGCUACCAAAGAAAUUCCUUUGAAGUCCCAAGGAAAUAGGAAAAGAAAAAUGUCAGAGCAGACUUUAAGCAGCCCAAAGAAUUGUAUUCUCUGUCCCCCUGAAGUCAAGAGAAAUAAACGUGGAGAGACACCUCUUCAUGUGGCUGCCAUUAAGGGCUGUGUGGAAACCGUGAGAAAGUUACUUGCAGGAGGAGCAAAUCCUAACACCAAAGAUCAUGCUGGCUGGACUCCUCUGCAUGAAGCCUGUAACCAUGGCUAUCUUACCAUCACUGAACUUCUGUUGGAACAUGGUGCAAUGAUUAACACUCCUGGAGGAUUUGAUCAUGAUACACCUCUGCAUGAUGCUGUCACCAAUGGGAGAGUGGAAGUAGUGAGUCUGUUGAUCUCCAGAGGAGCUGCUCUUAAUGUCAGAAACAAACAGGGACUCCUUCCAAUAGACUAUGCAGCCACUGAAGAAAUGGUGUCCAUUUUAUCAACAUCAUCUCCCAAUAAGGAAAUUGACUCCUCAACAACAGUACCAUCACUUCCAGACAUGAAGGGUUCAUCAGACUCCCCUAAGGUGUUACUUGCAACUGGCCUUAGCUCAGAACAAAAGGUAAAUAUACAAAAAUGUGCGAGGAUUCUCAAUGCAAGUAUUGUCAGCCAAUUUUCUCUGUCUGUGACACACAUUGUGACAGCAACCAACAACAAAGGAGUUUGCCCAAGGACACUGAAGUAUUUGAAUGGUGUGUUGACUGGAAAAUGGAUUGUGAAGUAUCAAUGGAUACUGAAAAGCUUGCAGAGAAAAACCUGGGUAGAUGAAACACCUUUUGAGGUUAAGGGUACCAAUGAUGCCAUGAUGGAUGCACCUAAAAGAGCUCGCAUCAAUUCUCUGAAGCAGCUUCCUGGUUUGUUUGAUGGAUGCCAGUUUUUCUUCAAUGGUGAAUUUAUCCCUCCUCAACCUUCAAAAGAGGAUCUAGUACAGUUGGUCAAAUAUGGUGGAGGCAGAAUCUUAUCUCGUGAACCAAAACCAGAUAUUGAUGAAUCUCUCUGCUUACCUAGAACUCCUGAAUCUAACAAGGCCUCUGUCACCUUAGCCCCUGUUGCUUACCAUGCAAAUCCAGACACUAAACAUUACAGAUGCACUCAAUUCAUCAUCUAUGAUUCACUGGCAGAAAAGAAGCCUCACAUCUGGGACACCGGGUCAGUUUGUAGCAUGCCCUCGACAUGGCUUAUGGACUGUGCUUCAAACUUUCAAAUACUGACUUUAGAGUGAGACUGUAAUGCCUGUAUGGUGUUCAUUGACUUCAUUAGGCAGAACAGAUCUGAUGAUUCUUCAGCUACUGCCCAGAAUUCUCCUGCUAAAUUUUGAUAACCUGAGCUGCUAGCUAUUCAAAUGUGGAGAAUAUUCUUGUUACUUACUGCUACACCCAGGUUGUUUUAACCCUUUAACUCCCAUCAGUGACCAAGACAGAAUUUCUCCUUACAAUAUAAAUACAAUGGCAAGCAGACAACUGAUGAGAAUAAAGAAAAAAAUCUUAAUUUGGGAUUAGUUGAUCCAAUACCAAAUUCUCCAAACUAACAUCAAAAGAACUAUAUUGCAGACAGUAAGGAGAAUUACUCAUGAGAUCUUGGGAGUUAAAGGGUUAACACCUUAAUUGAGAAGAAUGAUCUGACCUCUGCCUAUAAUGACUCCACAUCAAACAUUUUUUCUAGAAAUAUUGUAUUUAAUAUUUUCAAAUUUCUAAUGCAACUAUUUAACAAUGCUAUUUGUCAGAGUUUUCAUUAAAAAGCAUUUAAGUCUUAUCUAAGCAACCACUAAUAUGCAAAUGAGGCAUAUGGUGCAUUCUUGUGUAGUGAACCCACAAUUUUUUUUGUUUUUGUCAAAGCCCUUAAACCUCAGAAAGAGAAAAAUAUGUAACUUCUCAUCUCAAUUUCAAUACAUAUCCACCAAAAAAGUGAAGAGAAAAUGCCAUUUCAUUUUCUAGAGGAUCAUAUGGUAAUGUAACAACAAAUUGGCGCAGUUAUUUUACAAAGAACUGUAUAUUCACCAGAAAGAAGAACCGCAGUGACUUUAUCAGAUCUUAGGGGUUACAGGGUUGAAACAGUGUGGCUUCUUUAAUGUUAACUUUUGAAAAAAGUUAGGUAUUGAUUAUAACCCUUCAUGUACUGCCUUUCCUUUGAUUCAUCAUUCAAACUGAAAAAAAAACUCUAAAACAAAUGUUAUAUAAAAAAUUUAGAGGACAUACAGAAGAUACUGGUAUAUACACUGUUAACAGUUACAAACAAUAUGUGGUUUGGUUAUCUUGUGAAAAAUACAUCUUCUUUGGAGGAAAAUGCUAUUUAAUUAAAGUAAAAAUAAGGCAAAUAAUUAAUUAGCAUUCAUACUGUCUAUUCUGACAAACAAAAGGCAUAAAAAAUGAAAAUGAGCUCUUUGUAUAAACAUCCUCCUUUAGACACCUUGUAAUGAUAAGCAUACAAAAAUCUAUGCCAUGCCAAAAGAAAUGUACCCAUUAACUAGCUACCCUUAACAAAUGCCAUGAAAAACAACUUUAGAAAAAUGUCAAAAAUAAAACACGUUAGCAUCAAAUAAA